AUGGCUCUAAGUAAGAAAAAGAAGGUUGCUACGGCUUUGAAUGAUAUUCGGGAUUAUAACAUGCUGAACAUUUCGGCCCCUGACUUUGUUUUAGCGACGAUAAAUGAUUAUUUUCUUGAGGAGUCUGAUUCGGAGUCCGACAAAGCUGAUACUGAUAGUGAUUCAGACUCUGAAAUGCUUGAAGGUACAAAUGAAAACAGCGUUGGUGAUGAUGAAUUGGUUGCUAACAACUUGACUGAAACAUUUAAUGUUGGAGAGUUAGACCCUGAGCUGUUGGAAAUGGUUGAAGAUGCAGCAAACAACGUGUUGGUGCAUGCAGACAAUGUUCAUGAUGAUGGUGGUGCACCUGCUGGUUCAGAUUCUGAUGAUGAUGAUGAUGGACCCCUUCUAGAGGACAUGCAGGAUGCUGUGGGCUUACGAGAGGGUGCCGCCUUCAGUGAUACAGAUGCAGAUCUUGAGGCUGUUAUGAAAUUUAGUUGUGGGUGCAAGAAGUUCAAAGAAGGACAGUGCAUCAAACAGUUUGACGAUCGCUGGAUAGUUGCACUCCGUCGCAACAUGAUGGAGUUUACGUCGGCUGAAAAAGAUCUGGUAUUGAUGGCAACCCUGAGGGUGAACUUUAACAACUCGGAGAAAAGAGUCAACCACAAACAUGGUCCUGUUGAUAAGGAUCGACUGCAACCGAACAACCAGUAUGUUAUUGAAGGAAAGUCUGUCUGCCGUUCAGCCUUCAAGUUCAUGCACAACAUCAGCCAGAACAAGCUAACAGCUUGCAUUGCAAGUUAUAAGACAAAGGGGAUGUGCCAUAGGGAGAAGAAAGCAGGUGGUCGUAAAUUCAAUCGUCGUGCCCUCACGUAUGAAGAUACUCAGCGAAUCAACACAUUCCUGAUCAACUUUGCUGAACAGUAUGCCCUCGUCCUCCCAGGCCGCGUACCAGGUUUCAAGAGAGCAGAUCUCAAGCUUCUACCCUCUUGUGAAACGAAGGUAUCGAUAUGGAGAAAAUACUGCAAGGCUGUAACUGAUCUAGGUCAUCGAACUGCCAAACUGAGUGCCUUCAAGUCAGUAUGGAAGAGUGUUGCACCUCACAUUGUGAAGACCAAACCGAUGACGGACUUGUGUGGGGAUUGCCAACUGAACAACUACAAGAUAUAUCGUAGUGCAAAUCUCCCCAACUGUGUGAAGGAUGCAAAGUUACGGAAGCAGGAGGAGCACCUCAGGAUCGUUGAACAGGAACGAGAUGUUUUGCGGGCCAUGACCAACGAGGCCAAGAAAACAGUAGCUGAGCUUGGUAUAGUGACCCUAUCUGCGAGUGAACCUUGCUCCAAGGAUAUUUCUAUGCAUUACAGUUUUGACUUUGCCCAGCAAGUCCACUACCCAUACAGUCCUUACCAACCAGGGCCAAUCUAUUUUCUUACACCGAGGAAGUGUGCCAUUUUCGGGGUCUGCUGUGAAGCACUCCCACAGCAGAUCAACUACUUGAUUGAUGAGGGUAUGGCGUCAUCAAAAGGUUCGAAUGCAGUGAUAUCUUAUGUUCACCAUUUCCUUGGAAAUUACGGCUUAGGUGAAAAACAUGCGGACUUACAUUGUGAUAAUUGCUCUGGACAGAACAAAAAUAAGUUUGUUGUGUGGUACCUGCUAUGGCGAGUCAUGAAUGGAUAUCAUGACUCUAUCACUAUGAACUUCUUGAUCGCCGGCCAUACGAAGUUUGCACCAGAUUGGUGUUUUGGGCUUUUCAAGCAACGGUUUCGGAGAUGCGAGAUGAACACUCUGAAUGACAUCGCUGAUGCAGUCACUACAAGCGCAAAUGCAAACCGACCUCAGCUGGUGGGAAAUGAACAAGGAGAGUCUUAUGUCAACAUGUACGAUUGGCAGGAAUUCCUGAAGCCUUUCUUCAAGCCGCUGGAUGGAAUCAAAUCGUUGCAUGUCGUGAGGUUUGAUAGUAGACAUCCUGGUGUUGUUUUCACGAAGGAACUGUCCUCAGACACAGUGGAAAAAGCCGUCCAACUGCUCAAGAACGUUAAUCACCUUCCACCACGUGAACUCCCAACUCGUUUGAAACCACCUGGAUUAGACUUUGCACGCCAGAAGUAUCUUUUCGACAAGAUACGGGAUUACUGCAUGAGUGAGGACUCGAAAGACAUUGUUUGUCCCAAGCCGGUAGCUGUAGCAGCAGCAGAUGACAGUUCAGAUGGUGAGGAAUAUAGAGCUCCACCUCAGAAGAAGGGACGAAAGAAAUAAUGUAUAUUAUUUGAUGAUAAAUUUGUGUUUUCAAUGGAAUG